AUGUUCCAUUCUGUUAUUCGUCAAUCUCCUCGUGCUACGCUUUUCGCUGCUCAACGUACCUUUGCAUCGUCUCAAUUCGCUAUGGCUCAGUCUGCUUUGUAUAAGGCCAUUCAACACGAUCACGUCGAAUUGGCGGAUUACUAUAACAACUACAAAAAGAUGACGAGUGCCUUCCAACCGGACGAAGCGCAGAAGUGGGCUAAUCAAUUCAUUUGGGUAUGA